GCUGCCGGGUCACUGAGGAGAGGGAGAGACGGGGGCUCUAUUCCACCUGUGGCCCGGGGGCCGGGCUUUCGCUCGCUGCCGCCCCCGCUAAGGGGGAGCCGGCUCUGGGCCCUGGCACUCGCUCUCCGUUCCCCGGGGACGCCCCCAUUGUGAAGUCACAACCUGCCGGCGGCGGGGUGGCCUGGCGGAUCCCGGCCCCUCCUGCAGGGAUGUAGCGAGUCCGGGCUCCGGGGGGAUCGGGGCCUGCUCCAGGGGACUGUCUUCCCCCAAGGCUGCUGGCUGGGUUCAGUUGGAACUGGAGGAUAAAAGAUAAUGGAUAUGGGUAACCAACACCCUUCCAUCAAAAGACUGCAAGAAAUACAGAAAGAAGUCAGAGAUAUUGAACAGCAGGUGGUGGUUUUCAGUGGCCUGUCUACUGACAGGGAUUACAAGAAACUGGAGAGGACUCUGACUAAACAGCUUUUUGAAAUAGAUUCUGUAGAUACUGAAGGAAAAGGGGACAUUCAGCAGGUGAGAAAACGAGCAGCCCAGGAAACAGAGAGACUACUCAAGGCAUUGGAGCAGAAUGCGAACCAUCCACACAGACUGGAAAUAGAGGCCAUAUAUAAAGAAGCUCAAUCAUUGGUAGAACGUGAGAUCACACCUUUUUAUAAAGGUGGCAACUGUAUAACUGAUGAAUUUGAAGAGGGUAUUCAGGAUAUUGUGUUGAGACUCACUCAGGUGAAAACUGGAGGAAAAAUCUCGUUACGGAAAGCAAGAUAUCACACUCUGACAAAAGUUUGCGCAGUUCAAGAGAUUAUAGAAAGCUGUAUAAAGCAGCAACCUUCCCUGCCACUCUCCAGUGAUGCACAUCCUUCAGUCUCAAAAAUUAACUCAGUUAUGUGUGAUGUGAACAAGGCUAGGGGAACUCUUAUUGCAGUCUUAAUGGGAGUAAAUAAUAAUGAGACUUGUAGGCAUUUAUCCUGUGUGCUUACAGGUCUGAUUGCUGAUUUGGAUGCUUUGGAUGUUUGUGGUCACACAGAAAUAAGAAAUUACAGAAAGGAAGUGGUGGAAGAGAUCAAUAAAUUACAGCAAUAUCUGGAUUUGGAAGAAGAAGCAGACUCUGCUCACGCUUAUGACUUGGCACAAAAUCAAUCCAUUCUAAAAAUAGAAGAGAUCCGCAAAAAAAUGAAAGAAGUUCAUUCUUUACUUUUCAGAGCAGAAAAUGCUUCUGAUUUGUACUUGGGAUGCAAGGCAGAACUGCAAGGUUUAAUUGCCCACUUGGAUGAAGUGAGUCCGGGAAAGAACCCGUGUAUCAGAGAAGCCAGGAGAAGAGCAGUAAUAGAAGUGCAAACUCUUAUAACAUAUAUUGAUUUAAAGGAAGCACUUGAAAAAAGACAAAUGUGUGGUGAACAAACUGAUGUGGAACACCAGUCUCAUAAGGCAGUCUGGAGUGUUCUUGGACACUUGUCUCAGAUUCAGAGGGAAGUGCUCUCUUUUGAUGGAAACAGAACUGAUAAGAACUACAUGAGACUAGAAGAGCUCCUCACUAAGCAACUUCUGGCACUUGAUGCUGUUGAUCCACAAGGAGAUGAACGAUCUAAAGUUGCCAGAAAGCAGGCAGUAAAGCUUGCACAGAAUAUUCUUUACUAUCUAGACAUGAAAACAGAUGAGUGGGAGUACUAGAAAAGCAGUGGCCUCAUGAUAGAUAUUGCUUUCUUUUUUGCACUUUAUGUAGACUAUAGUUCCCAUGAGCUGCACAUGAUUAAAAGUUGUGUUCUUAUUUGCUCGGGUUAUGGAGAUGGUGUAAAUAGUUGGCUUGACUGUAUGGCAGCUAUCCCACACUUUCACUCAUUUGCCCUGGCAAUUGUCAGUACACCAUUUUUUUCAGUUUUGGUCACCAUGUUAUGUGGGAGAUAUGGCUUUGUUGAGGAAUUGCGUAAGUAUCAGAGUCUAAUAUUUGGUCGAACUGUUUUUUAAAGAAACAAUGCAAAAGUCAGAGAAUGCACAUUUCUCAAAGAUGCAGGAAUUUCCUUAAAAUACAGUACUGGAAAACUAUUUAAAGAAGACUGGGAAUUUAAGAUUAUUGGCCAAAUGCAAGGUUAGCUCCAUCAACUUUACAGCGGCAUGGACAUACUUCUAAUGUGUUAUUCUAAUCAAAAAACUAAAUACAAAAAAAUGUUGGCUAUUCAUUUCUGUGUUUGAUUUGGUUCCAUCCAUUUCACCUUACUGUGUUUUUGGUUUUACAAUGUAGCUGUGUUAUAAUACAUGUUGGAAAUUAACAUUUACAUACAUAAUGACUGGUUGUAUCCAUUUUCUUGUUGUGCUGGACAUCUAAGAAAGAGUCCCUCAAAUUCAGGCUGCCAUCUUAUUAGAAGAUAGCUAUGAGACUUGAAAGACAGGAAAACUAUAGUAUACAUAGAUUAGAUAAAUGUGAGGUUGUUUUUUUUUUUCACUGCCAUCCAUAAAUCCCUGAAAACUGCACUGGAUUAUCUUUAGUUGCCAUUUAGAUGUAUUUUAACUCACUUAUUGGAUCUAGAUUUGAUGGGUCUUCUCAGCAACCUGUGAGAAUGGAAAUCACUUUAAAAUGACUUAAGUCAGUGGGUACUCCUGAUUUAACCUUGUAAAUAUAGUUAGUAACAAAAUUUUUCAUAAUGUGUGUCACAUUUCAUACUGAUCAUAUGUGAUUUCAGACAUAAGACUCAUAAAAGGCUUACUUAUGGUAUGAUGUCUCUUCUUCAGCUCACAAGCGGUUAGGUUAGUUCUGCAGCUUGUUAAAUAAACCUGAUCCUAUUUCUACAUGCAUGUUCCUCUUCCUUUGUGAAUAUAGGAAUUUAGUAGCCAAUAUAAAUCAUACCAAAAGUGUGCUACUGUAGAAGUAUCAUACAGAAUGCUGCACUAAGUGGAAUAAUGGGUCAAAAAUGUGUUUAAAUAUAGCUGUUUCCCCAUAUAGCUCCUUUCAUGUUAGAUUUAUAAAUUAUUACUUUGUAAUGGAUUAUUUAUUUGCAACAUUUUAACAAGUGUAAAUCAUUUCAGAUAUUUUAUAUUUUAAAUACACUAAUUAGAGAAAAAAUGUUUUUUGUGAGACAAGUGCCUUUUAACAACACCUUAAAGUUAUACCACCUUAGAUAGAUACAGGAACUGUUUGUCUAAUGGCAGCAUGAUGCAUUUAUAGUCAUCUCUACCAAUUGGAUUUUUCUAUUUACAAUUCAACUAUAAUAUGUAUCAAAUUAAAUAAAGUGAUAUAUUACGGAUCUGCUGUGACUAUAUGUUUGAGAGUGGGACUUGGACUCAGGAAAUUUGGAUUCUGUUCCCAACUCCCCACACAAUGACUUGCUUAGUGACCUUAGGAGAGACAGCUAGCGCCUCAGAUUAGAAGAAGAGGAUAAUAAUAGUUACUCACCUUUAUAAAGUGCUUUGAAAUAUCUGGAUGAAACAAGCUAUGUAAUUUCAAAGUAUGAUUAUUUUGAUUCACUGAAUUUUUGUUCUUCUGUUUGUACAUUAUUUGUCAAAGAAUUUUUUUAAAAUUAAUUAUAGUUGAUAAGUAAUAGCUCAAUACUGAGGAUGUAUUCUUCAGAUGCUUCUCCCUAUUUUUCCAAUUCAUGCGUGGCCUUACCUGUGCCCAUCUCUUCCCUUUUUUCCUUUUCUUUUUUUUUUUCAAAUUACAUCUGCUUAUAAAUACAGUUUAACCUAUCUACUUCGGUGUUUCUUAUUCUGUUGGCUAAAACAAAUUGAUUAUUAAUGGUGUUAAACAGCUGAAUUAUUUUGCUAAUGUUUACAAAGGUCAUUUCAGAUUUUGUUAAGCACUUAAAUUGUAGUAAUAAUUUCUAAUAUACAUUUGCGACUUUCAUGACAUAGUUGGAUAAUGCUUAUUAUAUUUAAGUUUAAUUACUAUGAUUACUGUUACUGUCUGGUCUCUUCAAUGGUUAGAUGUACAGCCAUUGUUUAAAAAAAAUCAGAGCAUUCAUAUUCUUCUGUAGGUCAUGUGACGCUUUCAGCAUUUCUAAUUUUUUUUCCGUAAAGGUGAAUGAUAGUCUAUAUAUUUUUUCUAUUUAAGAUUUGCUUAUCUCAGCUUUUGUGACAGGUUGAUUCUUUAAAAGGCAAAAGCAUCAGAUGGAUUGAAAAAUGAUUCACUCAGUAGAUUCCAGUUCCAACAUAUUGUGUGAUCUUAGCUUUUUGCAUUUUUAACUGUCUUCUGCUCAUGAGUUAAAUGUGCAGCAUUUAAGAUUUGUGGAAAUCCUUAUCUGGUGCAGUAUUUGUAAGCAGUUUCUGCAUGAAUAGUAAACUAAAUAAGCUAAACCAAAAAAAGUAUGGUGCAUGGAUUUUACAGAAUCCAGUUUCUGUGCUGAAGAACGUAAUUGCUUUGUUUUAUAUACAAGAUGACUGGGGAACACACUUGCUUUCUGGUAUGUAACUAUCCAGCAAGAUGUAAAAGGACCAACUCACAAAAAGCCUACAUUUUAUUAGUAAGUGGAAUGGAAAGGCUUUUGUGCGUGCUGUGCUGUUACAUCUUAGCAAAAGAAAUGAAUGGAUAUAUUUUUUAUGUUUUGAGAAAGUUGUAAAUCAUGAUACUUGUUUGCUGAUUAUAUUGAUUUAUGAUUAAAUUUGAUUUGAAGUAUCCCAGUCUUGAUUUUGUGGUAACUCAUGACCAUUUACCCCCCCCUCCUUCUUUCCAAUUUAGUGGAGUGUUUUGUUUGUUUGUUUUUUAAAGUAUGCUUAAUGGAAAAGUUUGUAACUAAUGAUUGUACGUAAAUCUUCUUUAAAAUGUGUGUAUCCAAAUUUAUCUGUAUGCAUUAUAGUGCAUUGGUACAGAUUCAAAGUUAAAUAUUGUUUUAUUAUAUCCUUAAUUAUUAAUAAAAUAUUUUGCUGCCGUGUA